AUGUCGGACAUUCAGAGCAUGACCACAGCCCAAAGUCUGAGUCCAUCAGAAGUGACUCAAUGGUGUUUAUCCCACGGUCGGACUGUUGACCUUGAUGGGAAGCGUGAGAAGUUUCACAAUUAUCUCUCCCAAGCCAAAUCAUUCUUAGCGGAUGAGACUCUCUUUGCCAACAACUCAUCCCUCGGAACAGAACUGGCAAAUGUUUAUCAAUCUGCUAGAUCAAACUUAAUCAGCACUUUAGACAAAUACGCUUCUGGUGCUGCUGAUAAGGCCUUCUCCUAUCAUGCCCACGCCCACGGUGAGGAAGACUGUGAUGCUCUCGACAACAAAACUGGUUGUGGAAUAGGUGAAGUCUUCAUCCACGAAUUGUCACAGAACUUGGGAAAUUUGUUGCUAUCUAAGAUUCAUGACAAUUAUGAUACUGCCCAUGACACCAGAGUAGACUGUACCGCAUCGACUACGGUUGAAUCCAAACAUGGGUCUGACUCGGAAAUCGAUGCUAGCUCGGAAGCUACUGAGGUCAAUGGGGACCAAAUGUUCUUGAGUUUCCUAGCAAAAGCAUAUUCGACAAUCACGAAAGCUACCAAUUCCAUUCAUACUGGACCAAUCCAAGUCUUCAGGAAAGAUAUCAAGGAACUCAGUGGUCGAAAACUUGACGCCGUUUCCACGGCCAUGAAGACAAUCGAAGGUAGCAUUAACAGGGAAACACCGCGAGAAAUCAUUGAACAAGCUCUGGAGGGAUAUUCCCCUCGGCCCGAGGCUUUAGGCCUAACGGGGGAGGAUCUCGAUGACGGAGACACUGAUAGCUACGCUGAUUGGCUUCACUGGGGCAGAAGGGGUGUUGAAAGAUUGACAGAGCUCGGAUUUGAAGACGGCGAGACUCAGGUGAAAGCGGUUCGUUCAGCCAUGUCUAGGAUUGAGUUGUCUACUUGGGGAAUGGUGAACAUGACUCGUAAUUCCAUUUCUCAGCCGUUUGACCGCUGUGACGUGUUGAGUCUUCGAAAGUUGACAGAGGAGAUUUGUGAGGUCAUCACAACAGGUUGGAGGAUUAAGGCUGAGGAUAAGGCAGAAGACUGA